AUGUCUCUCCUAUCUCUGCCAUUUGAGCUAUUAAUAGCCGUUAUCUCUCACUUAAGCGCCAACCAGUACGACUUUGACAACGUCGACCACUACUAUAAACCUGAUGUGACACUAUACCGGCUUGCGCAGACUUGCACGACUCUUGGAGAUCUCUGUAUACCCAAGCUGUAUGAGAUUAUUAAUCUCCAAACCUACGUAUACUUCAGCCGCCAGCGCAAGCUGCUUCGGACGUUAGCGGCUAAACCCAAUCUCGCCAGAUUGGUAAAGCGCGUGAUCGUUGACGGAUCAUUCAGCAACGACGCAAAGUGGCACCGUUAUUCUGACGACGGACCAGUCAUCUCAGUAGCAGACGCUAAAACUUUCAACGAAAUUAUGGAGAAGAAGGUUGAUAUGACGACGGUGACGCCGUUUCGCGAGAUGCAGCAGGCUGAUCUGACUGAACGUCACGACUGCAAAUCGCUUGGGCGCUCCUUGAGCUGUCUUAGUCUUGCCCUCGUACCCAAUAUCAGGAGCGUCAUUUUCAUUUUACAUUACGGCAGCCUCGGGUCUUUUAAGACCGACUCCUUUCCCUUGCUAAAGGACUUUUCGCUCCAGCAUGCCGAUACCGAAUUCGGAGUUGCCUUUGAAGCAGCAAACGGCGUACUUCAUGCUGCGCCAGGCGUGAACCGGUUCAUCGGCCGGGCUGUUGAUAGGUUCGCAGACAACAUCUCGUACCCAUCAAUAAAGAAGCUCGUAUUGGUCUACAGUUGUAUCGACGAUGAAGAUAUGGCACUUCUACCAACACUCGUUCCAAACCUCGAGUCCUUUUCGCAUUCGUACGGUGGAUCAAUGGUUAGCUAUGAGUCUCCAGCAAGCCCUCGGACAAUUUCUACAGCGCUUCUUGCUUUGAAAAAGACUUUGAAGCAUGUUGAGCUAGAUAUCUACUACCGUGGAGACGAGAUGUGGAUUAAUAUAGACGCAGACGAUGGUAUCAUGGAGAGUCUCUCGCAAAUGCAAACCCUGCAGAGCCUGAUAAUCCUUGCAUCGUAUGUUUACCCAGGCAAGGAGUUCGACGCCAGUCUCACCAGCCGAAAGUUGACAUUGGUCAAUUUUCUCCCACGGUCCAUUGAAACGUUGCACAUCGAAGAGCUGAAAUCCGAUCAUCUGCAAGACGUCUUGGAUCUAGCUGCAGCUGCACCAGCUAAAUUUUCUAAGCUAUCCCACGUUAGGCUGCCCGAGUUUGAUACGUCUCUACAUGACGAUGUGUGUCGGGCAUUUCAUCAGCUUGGAAUAGCGUGCAGCUUUGAAACAGUGGAAAUGGAUGAAUACACCACCGCCGACUGUGCUUAAUAUUUCUAUACUGAGAGCCCGCCUUUUUGGGGUUUGGUGACAGGGGCAAAAUAAUAUCAAUAUAUGUAUUAAAAUAAAGACG